CAACAGACAUCACGCUAAGGAUUAUUCAUCCAUCGUCAUAUGACGUAUGACGCAUUAAAAGAAUUGAUUCAAUUGAUUCGCGUAAUAUUAUUGCGCUAGGCGUAUCCGGCGCUUAGUAUUUAAGUGUAAAUCGUCAUAAAACGUUGUGUAACCUUCAUAAAAUCAGUUUUUGGAGUGAUCGCCGCGAAAAACUAGCAAGAAAAAAUGGCUGCCCCCCCGAUUUACAACCCUGUCAUACCAUGUGUGCACCCCAUCCCCGCUGGCAUGUACCCGGGCCGCAUGAUCAGGGUCCAGGGUAGCAUACCUCCAGGUGCUCAGAGGUUUGCCAUCAACUUCCAAUGCGGUCCCAACACGGACCCUCGGGACGACAUCGCUCUACACUUGAACUUUAGAUUCGUGGAGAUGGUGGUGGUCCGAAACCACCUCACCGCCAUGAACUGGGGAGUGGAGGACACGAAUGGAGGAAUGCCUCUACAUAGGGGGGAGUCGUUUGAAGCUCUGAUAUUGUGUGAACCUAUGUCUAUGAAGGUAGCUCUGAACGGCAUGCAUUUCUGCGAGUUCCCUCACCGCAUUCCGUUCCAGCGAAUCUCACAUCUGACCGUGGAUGGUGACGUGAUGAUACAACUCAUCGGCUUCGAGGGUGCUCAGCCACCGCAGCAGAUGUACAUGUUGAAUUCAAGUCGGAGCCCCGCGUACGGCGCGUACGGAGCCCCGGCGUACGGAGCGCCCGGAUACGGCGGCGCACCACAAGCCCCGCCGGCCUACGGGACACCAACGGCAGUGCCAUACGGCCCUCAAGGCCCAAUGAUGGCAGGCCAACAAGUGAUGGCCCAGCCUAUGGUACAAGGCCAACAGCGACGGGGGAUGGGAACCGGUGCUGCAGUCGGAAUGGGAGCAGCCGCCCUCGCAGCUGGGGGCUUAGCUGGGUAUGCCAUGGGAGGAGGAUUCCAAGGGGGAUCUAGUAACGUGGAGGAAGUAUCCACGUUCUCCGAGUCGGUAGACUUCGGCGGCGACGAUUGGAUGGACUGAAGGCACUUGAAGUGCGCGCUGGCACUGGUCGGUACCAUCCUAGUGCUAGUUACUGACCUGGUACUUAUUAUCAUGCUGCACGUGUUCGGGAGACUGAGUGAGGGUAGUAAGAUGUAAGUUGAGUUUGUAUUUUUAGUCGACUGUAGAAGAAAGAGUAUUUUUUUUUUGUUGGCUGAAAAAUUGCACUAAUAAUCGUUACUGGAAAUAUGAAAUGGCGUAAGGGACGAAAUAAGUUUUUUUUUUCACAAAUCUGACGAUAACUUUUUAACUAUAAGUUUUAAAUUAAAAGUGUGUAAAACAAAAUGUAUGAGCAAUGAGAGUUACGUUACCUUUUAUAAAGACUUUUGCUUAACGUGUCAUAUACAACUUUAAAAAAAAAACAACCGAAUUGAGAACCUCCUCCUUUUUUUGAAGUCGGUUGAAAAUGGUCUUGACCUACUAAAAAUAUGAGGUGGAAGGGACAUUUUUUUUAGAUAGAAAGAUUUUAUGUAUACUUAUCGAUAGAGACAAAAAAAACUGAAUCCAACGAUAUAUUAUAUAACUCAUUUUCGACCAAAUGUCCCUUACGCCAUUUCAUAUUUCCGGUUUAUUAUAAAGGUGACAGUUUGUGCGUGUGUUUGUAACUUCUUCAUGAAUAAUCGUCUAAACUACUACUUUUGCCUAACUAUUUGAUAAAAAAAUGUAUGUAUGUAAAAAAUAUCAGUAUUGAUAAAUCAGUAUUUCGAUUGAGACCAAAAUUAUAACGAAAAUUGUGUAGGUACAUAUAAUAUUUUUGGAUAAAAUUAUCUAUUUUUGACAAAUUAUAAAUAAAAGUCUGAAUUGCGUGAAGUGAGAAGAAAAAUCCCUGAAAACGAUAAUAGCGCUUUUAGCGCCCGGUUUUGCGGAAAUCCGCUCGUUUGAAAGCGUUUUCCCGUCUAUUAACUUUGUGCAAUUCUAACUUUAAAUUAUAACAAAAUUAAUGUAUGUACAUAUUUAUAUAAAUAUAGAAUACCUAGUCGUUGUAUAUUGUAAAAAAUAUAAUUCCCAAACUCAGUCGCCCAAAUAAGAGAUAUUACAUAGACAAAAAUUCAAAGUCAUGCCACUGUGAAUUCUUUAAAAAAUACAUAAAAGAACUAUGUUAGGUUUCAUUAAAAAUGGACUAAGAUCAUAAAUAAAAAUUAUUUUUAAAAUUUAUCAAGCACUCGAUAUUAUAAAAGAUCUUUUAUUAAUUAAAAAUGAAUGUUGCCUUAAGUAGAUUAGUAAAAAACUAUCACUUGUUAUAUAUAUACUUAAAUAAGUUUAUAUUAAGAUCAUCAGGCUAUUGAUAAUUAAUUCACUUAUGUCAUUAUAGCUAAGACAGCUUUCUGCCUACGUUCAUAUCAUUUGCCGAGCCUUUUCCCAACUCCGUUGGGGUCGGCUUCCAGUCUAACCGGAUGCAGCUGAGUACCAGUGUGCCACAAGGAGCGACUGCCUAUCUGACCUCCUCAACACAGUUACUAUCAACCCGAUACUCCGCAGGUAGUCUGGUGUCAGACUUACUGGCUUCUGACUACCCGUAAUGACCCGUAACGACUGCCAAAGAUGUUCAAAUGACAGUCGAUUCUUUAUAAGGUACAUUUCUGUCGACGCAAAUUUAGUGUGACGAAAAAUUUUCUAAGAUUGUAAAAAAGAUUGCCUGUAUAAAUAUUAUAUAAAAAUGUUAAAGAUGUUGAAAAAUAUAAAUUAUGUUAAAUCUAUAUUAAUAUUUUGUAUGAAAAUAAUACAUUAUAUGAAGGUAUUGGUAAAUUUAUACAAAGUGGAUACGAUAUAUUAUCACAAAUAGCUAUGUAGCCGUUUUCCCGCGGUUUCACCCGCGUCCCAUAGGAACUACUGCCCGUACCGGGAUAAAAUAUAGCCUAUGUUACUCGGGAAGAGUGUAGCUUUCCAACAGUGAAAGAAUUUUUCUAAUCAGUUCAGUAGCUUUUGAGUUUAUCCAUUACAAAGAAAAAUACAAAUAUUAGAUUAAUAAAAGUUAUUAUAUAAAUAUAUCAUAUCCAUUUUGUAUAAUCUAAAUAUUAAUUUUGUUGAUUAUUGGUAAAAGGGUAUUUAAUUUGAACAAAUUAUGGUCUCGAAUAAUCUUGAAUUGUUCUAUUGUUAAGAAAUUGUUUUAAUGUAUAUUACGUUGUAUAUUUUAAUCUCAUUUUAAUUUGGUUAGUAGUUUUAGAUUUUUUUUAAUCUCUGCAAAUGUUGAAUUACUUUUGUAAGUACAAGAUUGUUAAAAUUACUGUAAAUUACUUUGUAUAAGUAUAUUUGAAAUUAAAAGACGGAAAAUCGGUCAGAUACAAGUCUAUAAAUUCAGGAUAGAAAAAUGAUUUUUUUUUUAUGGACAUAAUUUGAAUAAUAUUCAGAGGGCUCGAUUACAUUACUUCGAAUAUCAAAUUAUUUUUUCAUCCCACCAUCUCGGAAAGAGUAGUUUUACCCUUUGAUAUCUGAGCGCAAAAGCCGUUUUUAUCCUCUAGAGCGGCAAAGUGAUUUGAAUUUAGAACAUCGUGUGCAAUACUCCAUUUGUGACAAUCUUGAUAAGACUUUUCAAACAAAUACAUAUUAAACAAAUAAAAUACUGCUUAAAAUAAUUAUUCAAUUAAUUAAGUAGUUUUUACAUAGAUUUUUAACCUCGUUUCAUUUUUAAACUGUGGUAGCGCCAUCUAUAUUUUGUCUCACGGACUACGUCCACGCAUCCAAAUAAUGUAAUAGUACUGCGUUUGACUAAAUUCAAACGAGCGAUGCUACCCCCUCCCCUGUUUCCCGCUCCUGCUCUGUUCCGCACGCCUGGCGAGUGAGAGUGACACGCGCUCGCGCUCCGUGGCUCCAUUGCUGUAACCGCCUGGAAGUAAACGCAUCGCCGAGAAGAAGUACUCGUGCUUCUCCCGUGUCGCAUGUCCUACUGUAGGAUAGCGAACUAUUGUGAUAAUCCGCCCGCGGGUGUGAACGUGACUAUUGUGUUGUGAUCGGGAAGACCGCCGCCUGCCGCCAUCUUGUGAAGCCCAACGUUGGAGAGCCAGGUACGCGUGCAUAUCCUUAAUUGCCUACACAUCGCUCGUUCUCUUCUUGGCGAUAACCAGCCAUCCUCCAACCAAAUACAGUCCACUUAAAACAUUACUAUUUUGCGUUUAUUUCCAAACCAAACUGAGUUUUUAAAUAAAUGAAUUUUAAUAGGUACUUCUUUUUAAUUUGACACUCAUAUGUGCGCGCCAUUUUGUUUUUUUUGCAUUUAGUAGUAAUUUCCUCGAUGAGGUGGGAUGAAAAGUUAAUAAUUAUUGAAACACUCGCUACGCUCGUGUUUCAAUUUUAGAUUCCUUCGCUUGCUCGGUCAUCAAAAUUGAGCACGCGUUUAAAAAGCAACUUUGCACUCUUGUAUAAUAAAUAACUAUUAACACGCUUAUAAUAGCUUCACUUGUAACUAUGUAUGUAAGAAAAUCUUGGAAUCUUAAUAUGACCCACUUCCCGGUCUUCGAUUACGAUGAAAUUUUGCACACGCUCUGAGUUCUGAUGACAACAUAAUGACUAGCGUAUUUUUCAGUUUUUUAAACAAUUUUUUUUUAUAAUUCUGUAUCAAAACAAGCCGUUUGAAUAAAAAUAUCAGUUAUCUACUUAAAUUAUUUACUCAAUUUAAAAGAAUUAUUUGUACGUAGUAGCAUUUGUAUGUAAAAUAAUAUUAAAUGCUGUGUGUAGGUACUUACGGAGAGGAUCACUCGUGUGGCUUGUAACACUAUGUAUAGUUAUAAUUAAUGUAAAAUAAUAAAAUAAAUU